CCCGGCUCGGUGUGUCGGCGUUCACCAACUUCCACGCUUGCGGUGGAGGGGGUUUGGUGGGAGCCAGAAUGUAACACACACGACCAGAUCUGUAGACGAUCCAGUCCAAUUCAAGCAGUUAAAGGAGAAAAGAGGAGUGUUGUUGUUUUUCUCCUCCGUGCAUUCUGUUUAUUAUAAUAAUUGUUAUUAUUUUACAUUAUUUCCACAGCGCGCGCUCCAGCACGAGACAUGAACGUGAACGAUGCCAAGGAGUAUCUGUCCAGGAGAGAAAUACCCCAGCUGAUGGAGAGUUUGCUGACAGGACUGAUGUAUUACCGGCCGGACGAUCCCAUCGAGUACAUGGAGCUGUGCCUGAAGAAGGUUCGAGAGCUCGGUGGUACUGAAAAAGUGAGGUGGGACACAUUUGUUGGACAGGAGAAAAAGUCACUGCCACCACUCAACGGAGGUCAAUCACGCCGGUCUUUCUUCCGCAACGUGUUACCCGACAGGUACGAACGCCUGCCACCAAUCCACCAGUUCUCCAUUGAGAGUGACUCGGACUUGUCAGAAACAGCAGAGCUAAUCGAAGAGUACGAAGUGUUUGACCCGUCCAGACCACGGCCCAAGGUCAUCCUCAUCAUCGGUGGUCCGGGCAGCGGUAAAGGCACUCAGAGCUUGAAGAUUGCAGAACGCUACGGCUUUGAGUAUGUCUCCGUGGGCGAACUGUUGCGAAAGAAGAUGAUCCACAAUGCAACCAGCAACAGGAAGUGGAGUCUGAUUGCUCGGAUCAUUACUAACGGUGAACUGGCGCCUCAGGAGACGACCAUCACGGAGAUCAAGCAGAAGAUCAUGAAGCUGCCGGAUGCCAGCGGAAUUGUCAUCGACGGCUUUCCCCGGGAUGUGGCACAGGCGCUUUCUUUCGAAGAUCAGAUUUGUACUCCAGACCUGGUGGUGUUCCUGUCAUGCUCUAACCAGAAUUUAAAGGAGCGUUUGGAAAAACGAGCAGAGCAGCAAGGACGGCCGGACGAUAACCCCAAAGCCACAGAGCGACGCCUCGCCAACUUCAAACAGAACGCAGUGCCACUGGUUAAGUACUUCCAGGAGAAAGGCCUAAUCGUCACGCUGGACGCUGAUCGAGACGAAGAGGAAGUCUUCUCAGACAUCAGCAUGAUGGUGGACAACAAGCUUUACCCCACCAAAGAACCUGUCGCAGGCCCGAGUGAGCUGGACCUGAGCGUGCUAGCAGACAGCACCAGCCUCGCAGAAGGUCCUUCCAGAUCGGACGAGCAGGCUAUCGAGGAGGUGGAGGUGGAGGAGGAGGAGGAGGAAGAGGCAGCAGGGUACAGAGAAGGUACAGCAGAAUGUUUUCCCAUAGAGAAGAGGAAACCAAAGGUCAUCUUUGUGAUCGGAGGUCCCGGCUCAGGCAAAGCGUUGCAGUGUGAGAAGAUGGAAGAACGUUACGGUUUGAAGCGUCUCUGCCCUGGAGACAUGCUGUGCACCGAGCUGCAGUCACACAGCGAGCGAGGACGCUUCCUCCGAGACCUGCUCGAGACGGGGCGACAACUUCCCGAGGACACGCUGCUGGAUCUGCUGUGUGAGUCGAUGGAGUCUACAGUCAGACAGGGGAAAGGAUUCCUCGUCAUCGGUUUCCCACGGGAUCUGAGACAAGCCGAGGACUACGAUGCCAAGAUGGGCCAGCCCAGCACCGUCUUACUCCUCGACUGUUCGGCGUCCACCAUGACCAGACGUCUCCAGCAGAGGACGCUGUCCAGCCUGCGUCCCACAGACGGCAGUCACAGAGAAGCCCGUCUCCGUGUGGACAGUUUCUGUGACGGCGUGACUCCGGUCGCGUCUCACUACGACUCGCUCGGACUCCUGCACAAGAUUGAUGCAGAACAGCCCCCUGACGAGGUGUUUGAGCAGAUCUGCCUGCUCCUGGACUCCUGUUAAACAGCGCGGAACUCGACAGAACAUCGCGCGACGCCAUCCUGCACUUCUACAAACGCUCAUCAGCAGCGCUCACGUCCAUCCAUCCAUCCAUCCAUCCAUCCAUCCAUCCAUCACAUAGGGAAAGGAAGCUGUGACUUUAUACUCAAGCCUGUACAUAGCAUUCUGGUUCAACGCUAGCUCUCUGUAUGAAGUGCUUUAGCGCCACCAAGCACAGACUGACGGAGGUGCGAGAGGCGUCACGUCGCGUCGUUUCCUCUCCGUCUCUCUGGCUGUAUUCUGACAAACUCCGCCCUCCUCUUUUAGACUGACUGAAAUACUGAGACUUAGCUUGGUGACAAAUCGGGAACGACGGCCAAAGGUGGGCGUGGCUUAUAACGUUGGUAAAACCGCCAGCCAAUCGUAACGUCGGAAUACAGACAGAGGCGGGGAAAUGACGCGAAGCGGAUCCCCUGUGAGGAAUUUCAGUUCGUCGUUCAAAAAAAAAAACAAAAAACGAAGAAUUUACACUUUUGUGUCGAUCUCUGAAACAAAAAAUCGAACGGUUUAAGCUUUUUACGUCUGUUGAUCAGUUAGCGCUUUCGCCGAUGACGUUCGAGUCAAGUUGCGGUUUUUGUCGCACGUUUUUACAAAAAAAAAAAAGUUUAACAUGUUUUAUUGAACUUAGAAUUCGAAUAACUUAGAAUUUAGAAACCUUCCCGAGAACAAAACGAGGGCAUGAAGUCUUGCUUAAAAACGUGACCGACUUUCAGGGGACAGGGUCGUACUUUCGAAAACGAAGGAAUGGAAAAAACAAACAAACAAAAAAAAGAGAUAAAUAAAUAAAUCCGAAGGAGAGCGAGAGCGCGAACUUUUCUUCUUCUCGCGAUCUUCAGGAAAUUUCAGACGAUGCACUGAGGAGUUUUUCAUAUUUUUCUUAAGGGGCGAAAGAGGACGAGAUUCACAGAGAUGAUUCAGUGAGCAUUAUAAAGAUGUUUUAAUUAAAGCUGUGUGUAUUAUUAUUAUUAUUAUUACAGUUGAACCACCAUCUCUCUCUCUCUCUCUAAAAGCAUGUCGAGAUGUAAUCCUUCACAGGCUUUUGUAUUUGUAUUUUCUGCUCGCGGAGUUUGAGAAAUCCUGUUCUGUUCCUUCUGAAAUCAAAUGUUUGCUUGAAAUUAAAAACUUUCAUACGUUAAAAAACGGCUCGUUCCUUCGUCGUCCGCCGAAGAGCGAAGAAAAGAAUCAGAGGAAGAGAUGGAGAAGCACAUGGCAUGCGUAAAUAAUGUCGCCAUGGUUACCAUCCACC